AUGACUGCACGAGAGGCAGAAUGGAAGGCACUCAGUAAUAUUGCAUCCUCCCCCUUUUCAAGGAAGCUACAGGAUGCUAGGUUGCCGAGCAGGGUAAAGCAUGGGACGUUUGUCCUCUACGAGACAGAUGCUGAUCCUGUGGCACACAUCCAGCACUACCAGCAAUUGGGACCACGCUCCAUCCGAGGAUGGGUGCAGUUGGCCGAAGAAUUCACUGCCCGUUUCCUGACUAGCAGAAGGGCCCCAAAGACUUUUGAGAGCCUCUCUAUUAUGAAGCAAGAAGAGGAUGAGCCGAUCAGGAGUUAUGCAAAAAAGUAUUGGGAGACUUUCAACGAGAGUGAAGGUUGCAGUGAGGAGUACGCGAUAGCAAUGUUCAAGACCGGUUUACCUGUUCGGGGGGGGCUGCGUAAAUCCCUGAACAUGAGUCCAGUGCGAACAUUGGCAAAAUUAAUGGAGCGGAUAGAGUAG